GUCCCCCCCCCGUGUGUCCUUCGUGGUGGCAAAGGACAUCGCGCUGAGCAUGAGGGUCCUGCGGGCCGCCCCCCUGCGCUCCAUUGGGGUCUUUCCCCCCCCCCGACACCUCCACAAUCGCGUUGCGGAGCACCAGAAACUGUUCCAGGAGGACAAUGGGCUCCCGGUGCAUCUUAAAGGAGGUGCGAUGGACGCUGCGCUCUAUCGGUUCACGACAUUGGUGUGCAGUGCUGGCACCCUGUACUCGCUGUGGUCACUGGUGCAGGCGUCGAGGCCCAAGAAGAACUGAGGGGGGGGGACCGGACCCCCCCAAAUAAAAGGCUGUAGAGAA